UCCUGCGGGGGGUUCGAGGGCGUCACGGAUGCCCUCGCCAUAACUGCCAAGACCGAUCCUGAUGAAAGCUGCCGCUCAAUGAAGGCCCUUAUUCUUGUGGGGGGAUACGGAACGCGGCUAAGGCCGCUCACUCUGUCCGUCCCCAAGCCUUUGAUCAACUUCUGCAACCGAUCGAUUGUGGAGUAUCAGAUUGCCUCCUUCAAAAAAGUUGGCGUGAAGCACCUGAUCUUGGCCGUCGCCUACCAGCCAGAGGCUCUCAUGGAGGCUUUGCGCGAUCUAGAGAAGAAGUAUGCACUGAAGAUAAGCUGCUCUAAGGAAGACGACCCUCUGGGGACGGCAGGGCCUGUUCGUCUUGCAGAGAAACUCCUGAGAGAUGAAGAUGCGGAAAAAAGUUCACCCCAGCCUUCCGCGGGCGGGAGGCGCUUCCUCGAUAUCAAGACAGACACGGACUGUUUCUUCGUGUGCAACAGCGAUAUCAUUUGCUCUUUUCCCCUGGAGGAAAUGUGGAAGUUCCACAAGAAGACAGGGGCAGAAGCGACCAUCCUG